UCUUGUAUACCAACUGACUCGUGGGUGAUCUGAAAAGGCAAUAAAAAUGUUGAGCCCUGGUUUUACCGGGGAGUCACUCCACGUUGCUAAUUAUGUGGAAGAGUAUUUGGACUUGGUCGAAUCAUUGCCUUUCGACCUCCAGAGAAACGUGUCUCUCAUGAGGGAAAUUGACGCUAAAUACCAAGAGAUCCUGAAGGAGCUGGAUGAGAUCUAUGAGAAGCACAAGAAGGAGUCAGAUCCAGUCCAGAGGAAGAGGCUCACGCACUGCCUCCAGAGGGCGCUGAUCCGCAGCCAGGAGCUGGGGGACGAGAAGAUCCAGAUUGUCAGUCAGAUGGUGGAGCUGGUGGAGAACCGCAGCCGGCAGGUGGAGGGCCACAUGGAGCUCUUUGAAUCGUGCCAGGAGACCGCCGAUGGCGUGGUCACACCCAGCAGGCUGUGCCAGGACAAACGGCGGGACGAGAUGCCCAGUGCAAUGGACAAGCCCAGCAACAAGCGCUCCCGGAGGCAGAAGAAUAACGAGAACAGAGAGAACUCUAACAGCAACCUCGACCACAGUGAUGAGGUCAGCGCCGGGACUCCCAAGGAGAAGAAGACCAAGACAUCAAAGAAGAAGAAGCGGUCAAAGGCCAAAGUGGAGAGGGAGGCCUCGCCUGCCGACCUGCCCAUUGACCCCAACGAGCCCACCUACUGCCUGUGUGACCAGGUGUCUUAUGGGGAGAUGAUUGGCUGUGACAACGAUGAGUGUCCCAUCGAGUGGUUCCACUUUUCUUGUGUGGGACUCAACCACAAGCCCAAAGGAAAAUGGUACUGUCCCAAAUGCAGGGGAGAGAACGAGAAGACCAUGGACAAAGCUCUGGAGAAAUCCAAAAAGGAAAGAGCUUAUAACAGGUAGUUGCCUACCUGAUCAGCUGUGCAGGCACAUCACAUAGGUGCACAGUGAUGAAGAUUGCCCGUUUUGUUCGGUCCUUCAAGUGUAAGGCUGCUGUGACUUGAUAUCACAGGGCAGCUGCUGGGACUGAUAGAAUACAGGUUUGAUGCUUUGCCUUAAAGCACACAGGCUGUGUAGAAAACCAGGGGAAAAUAAUGAAAAACCAGGAGCAGU